AUGGUGGCUCGAUCGUGGGCCACGCAGGUGGACCUCAUGGACAGGUAUGCAGAACACCGUUUUGCCGCCUCUCAAGCCCAACAGUACAAGUGGUUAAAAGCAGACUAUCCCUCGAUAUAUGAACGGGUCAAACAGAAAAUCAAAUCCGGGCAAUUCAUCCCUGUUGGAGGCUCCUGGGUCGAAAACGACACGAAUUUCCCGUCGGGGGAAUCGCUUUGUCGGCAACUCAUCUAUGGACAGCGCUUCUUCCAGAAGGAAUUUGGCAUCACCUGCAAGACGUUCUGGCUACCUGACACCGUCGGGUACGCACCACAGUUACCGCAACUCCUGAGGCUGGCCGGCAUGCCAUAUUUCUUCACGCAAAAGAUGUCGUGGAACAACAUCAACAAGUUUCCAAACUCGACAUUCAAUUGGGUUGGCUUGGAUAAUACGCAGGUGCUCACUCACAUGGCUCCCACGGAGACCUACAAUGCCCAAGUCGAAGCCGGCGAGCUCCAGAAGAGUGUUAGCAAUCACGGCAACUUGGCAGAGGACAAGCACUCGCUGUUACUUUUUGGCAAUGGCGACGGAGGCGGAGGUCCGCUGGCAGGCAUGCUUGAGCGCCUCAAACGGUUUCAAAGUCUGUCCGAUACGAUCGGUGCUGUUCCGAGGGUGGGCAUCGUCGACACCGUCGAUGAGUUCUUUGAAGGUAUUCAGAACAGAACUCAGGGAGGAAAAGAGCUGGUCACAUGGCAUGGCGAAUUGUACCUGGAGUUCCAUCGAGGCACGUAUACUUCUCAAGCAAGAACAAGAUCGAACAAUCGACGCGCUGAAAUCUUGUUGCGCGAGUUGGAAUAUCUCACCUCAAUGGCGCUCUUCACCAAGAGGCACAGAUACCCAAAGGACACACUAGACUCCAUGUGGGAGGACGUGCUCUUGUGCCAAUUCCACGAUGUCUUGCCAGGGUCUUGUAUCGAAAUGGUCUACGAAGACACCACAGUCAUCUACGACGAGGUGAUGAGGAAAAGGGGCAAAGAUCCGCCAAGACGCACUCGUGGCUCUCAGAACAGACCGCGACGGACUUAG